AUGUUUUUGAGAUUUGGCCUCUGGUUGCUCCUCUGCGGUCUCUGGGAGGCCCCUGGAGGCGGGGCCCUGAGUCUCGGGGGCGGCAAGGGCCUCCAAACGGCUGGAUUUAUCGCAAAUUUCGGUACAAGUGGCCAGUACCCCAGUGACGGAGUACCAGAGUGGCGGAUGAAUGGACAAAAGGGGCCAAUGGAACAAAGAGAAUGGAGGCUACACAUGAUCAUCACGAGCUCCAUAAAUGGCGUCCCAAAGCCCAGGAAAUUGCACAAGAAGCCACCGUGGUACAAGCUAUUCGAGGAAGAGGUAGAAAAGGAGCCACUGGGUCCGCCAUGCAAGAAUCUCGCCAAGGAUGUAAUCGAGGGAAAGAGACGCCUGAGAUUCACUCUAAAGCGCUCCAAUAAGCAAAUGUAUGCCACAAUUGUCGACGAUGUAACUAGACAAACCCAUUGCUUCUUGUCCACCAACUUCAAGUAUCUCUCUCACAUCUUUGGCUCAGUGCCUACAAACAACCCAAAGAUCACGAGGAACAAGGGGUGGAAUGUAAAGGCAGCCUACGAGCUCGGGAAGCUGAUUGGAAGACAGGCGCUCUCUAGGGGAAUCUCCAAGGUUUUUUUCGAUCGCGCAAACUACAGCAAAUGUUGUCAUAAAGAUUAUGAUCAUGACGAUGAUGAUGUCUAUGUAAAGGUAGCGCAAGGAAGCUCCAAGGAAUUACCCACCGAAUCUCCAAAUGUUCCUUCCUCUCCAGGAGUAAUAGAUAUAAGUAACCCAGACAGGGAACAGUGCCAAACAUUCAAAUACUCCUUUGACGGUAAUGUUAUAAGGUUGGUUGUUCCCGAAAAGGGUCUAGUUAGAAAAUUGGCAGAAUCAAAGUCUACAAUAUGGACUCUUUCAUCCGGUGAGGCAUUUGAUCACGCCAAGGUCUACCUAAACAAGGAUAGUAAGCCUGAACUUGUGUUGGUUACCCUAGAAACUCCAUAUAGAGUCUCACAUAAGGCUUAUUACAAGAAUGGAAGUAGAUGGGAAUCUUGUAAUAAUCAUGAAGGGAAGAUGAAGAGUUUAAAGGUACCUGAAACUUUAAAAUCCACGUUUGAGCUUGAUAUCUCCUCAGCCGAUGCUACUGAAAAAUGCAAAAUCUUUGAAGCCAAUCUUCUAGGUGUUCCUACCAAGCAUAUCUUUCCAAAGCUUUGCUAUGUUGUAGUAGGAGUAAGGGAUGGUAAUCAGGAACUAUGGACUGCUCAACCGCAUUAUUCUAGAGUGGGAAUAAGGGGAACGCUUGUUGAAAAUAAUGACUACUGCCUUUCUUGUCUGGUUUAUAAGAAAGGGAGUCUGGAGCUACUAGAGAUGACAGUUGUAGAGAGCAAGUCGAGGAAAUGGAAGUAUUUUGAGAAGACUGCUGAUGGCUGGAAGGAACUCACACGGAAUGACUUUUUAAACAAGUUUCAUGAAAUGAAGAGAGAAUCUGAGGCUCCAUUAAAUCCUGUUGAUGAAGGAUCGAGAAAUGACCAUACAGAUGUUCCACCUAAAGACGUCGUUCAACAACUAGAAGGUUCUGUUUCUCCAUCUGACACUUCUAUGGAGGGAACCACUCUCGACCUCUCUUCUCCAGACUCUUCUUUAUUCUCUCUGGCUGAUGAUUUGGUUUAUGGAGUGAGUCACAAGGCAUUUGUUCCCCAGGUUGGUAGCUCUGUAGUAUCAGUGGUGGAGAACGGAGAUACCCUUUGGACCGCUACAGACCCUCAAGAAGGAUGUACAGGUGCCUAUCUCUUCUCCAGGGAGGGAUACUCUUCUCUUCUUAGUGUCUAUACAAGGGGUGCCGGAGAUGAGACAUUUUGUUUUGAGAAAGUUGAUGGAGCAUGGAAGAAUGUGGACAAGUUGGAGUUUGAAAGUAAACUGUUCUCAAUGAAGGACUUUUCUACACCUGCUGGUGAGGAGCAUAGGGAGGAAGAUACGUGA